AUGGUGCUCUCGCUGCCGGUCCCCAGCUUCUACAGAUCAUCGGCCUCAUCCCCACACCCCGCUGACGGCUCACCCGCUCAGUCCCGACACCGAAGUUCAACCUCCUCCUCCAGCUCCUCCUCCAGCCGUAUCUGGAAACCCGCUGCUGUGAGCCAGACUUCCUCUUCUUCAAAUCAUUCCAUUACCCUCGAAGCCCUACGCAAUAAUCCUUUCGGCAGUUCACGGUCCCGCGGCUCCGCCCAGCUCUCGCUCAGUGAGACUGAGGAACAAAGGCGGGAGCAGGAGGAACUCAACACGGCACUUGAGACUCUGGUACGCGUCUUCCCUGAUGUGAAGGUUGAAGUAUUCCGGGAGCUACUGGUGCACUUUGAUGGUCAGAGUCGGGUGCAGGUGUGCGUCGAGGAGCUACUCAGGAACAAGAAGAAAUGGGUUUCUGGGCGGUGGAAUAUCCCCGAGGGGAACAGUGAAGCCGAUGCAGAUGGAAAUGCUCGCACAGGUUCUUGUGGCUAUCCCGACGACGAUAUUACUCGGAAUGACGCCGACCAGCGUGGUCUCGUGCCACCCGAGGAGCGGUUCCGGUCUGAUGAAUACAAGGCUACCGUGCGGAUCGCCUUGACCAAAGAAUUCAACAGUCUAAGCAGGAGUAUUGUCGACGCCGUGCUGGCCGAAGCGAAUUACAGCUAUGCUCGGGCACGGCCGACGCUUCGGGAUCUAUCGCGCCGCACCUGGCGUGCGACUAUCAACAGUCUCCUCCCCUUUAGGAGAAAGAAAGAUCGCGAGGAGCAUCCCUUCAUGGUCUGGCAUCGUCGUGCAGAUGGUGAGAUGGUUCCCGGUCUGAGAGAAACAGGAUGCAGUGAGCUGGAUGGUGAGCUCCAUGAGAUGCUGCUUGCCCCCUUGAUACGGCAGAAGCGCGAAGAGCAGGAGAACAAGGACUUUAGAUUUGCUUCGGAGUUGAAUGAGAAAGAGGCUCACGCUGUUGAUGCCCUGUACGAAUGCGAGUGUUGCUUUGCCGACGUGACAUUCGAGCAGAUCGCGACAUGUUCGGCCGAUACUCAUAUUAUAUGCUACCACUGCAUCCAACGAACGGUCUACGAAGCACUCUUUGGGCAAGGCUGGGGCAAAUCUGUGGACUUGGAGCGCUCUACUUUGAAGUGUCUUGCGCCGCUUUCAGUUGGGUCCUGCGCCGGAUGUCUUCAUCCCCAGAUUGUCCAACAGGCCAUUCUUCUCGAUACAGCUGGCGUGGAAACGUACCGCAAGUUCGAGGACCGGCUUUUCUCUGAAGCGCUUUUAAAGUCUCAGUUGAAGCUCAUCCGAUGUCCGUUCUGCUCCUAUGCCGAAAUCGAUCCAGUCUAUCACCCUUCAUCCCGUGGUGUCUGCUGGCGUAUCCGCCGUGAUGGCGGCAUCAUCCCUACGAUUUUAAUGGCCCUCCUUCUCCUUGAUCUUGUCCCGCUCCUCUUGAUACCCGUCCUCAUUCUUCUCAUUCUGGACCCUGCUGCCGUAACAACAGUCUUCGGCAAUUCUAUACGUACCCUCUGUCUCAAAAUGCGCCCCAAACGAUUCAACUGUGUCAACCCCUCUUGUCUGCGCAUUAGCUGCAUGACUUGCCAAAAACCAUGGCGAGAUCCACACGUCUGUCACGAGCCUCUGCUUCUAGACUUACGCGCCACCGUCGAGGCUGCUCGCACCGCCGCCGUAAAACGCACUUGUCCCCGCUGCUGCCUUUCCUUCGUCAAAUCCUCAGGCUGCAACAAGCUGACCUGCGUCUGUGGUUAUUCUAUGUGCUACCUCUGCCGCAAAGCGUUAGGCCCACCUCUCCGGCAGUCCAUACCCGGACGUGAAAACGCCCAGCAUCCACAUGGUCUCGGCGCCUACGACGGACCCGGCGAUAACCCCAACCCCUUUGACGACGAGCGAGGCGGCAACAUCUCAGAUGAUGACGAGUUCGAAGAACCAGAAGGCUACCAGCACUUCUGCGAACACUUCCGGAUUAACCCCGGGUCCCGCUGUACCGAAUGCACCAAAUGUAAUCUCUACCAAGCCGAAGACGAAGAAGCCGUCGCCCGCCGCGCAGGCGAGAAAGCCGAGCGGGAAUGGCGGAUUCGUCAGGGAGUUAGCACUGACAAUGCCACGGCUUCCGCUGUUGGAUUCCGUAAUAUCAACCAGGAUCUUUCGGCUGCAGCAGAUGGUCCCGCUAACCGUCGCGCCUCGACUUCGAUGUGGGAUAUGCAGUUUGGAACGUCCAGGAAGCCUUGGGAUUACUGGCUUAUUGAUGUAUGGUGUCAUGGUCGGUGGAAAAUUGAGGGUCAGGCUUUUGUGGAUUGGGUCGUGGAACGCAUCGUCGUGAUCGACGAAGAAUGA